GCCCAUGCUCAAAAAGAAUAAGACUACUGGGACUUUGUACUCUGCAGUAAUGAGACCAAGAUAGAUGUUUUUGGAAUGGAUGGCUUCAAAACUGUAUGGUGUCACAAAGGUGAGGCGUACAAAGAAAAAUGCAUGGUGCCUACAGUGGAACAUGGUGGUGGCAGUGUUCUUUUGUGGGGCUGCAUGAGUGCUGCUAGUGUUGGGGAGGUGCAUUUCAUUGAUGGUAUCAAGAAUUCACAGACAUACUGCUCUAUAUCGAAAGAGAAGUUUUCCAACAUGACAAUGAUAUAUCUAAGGCCACUGUUGCAUUUCUGA